AUGCGUGGAAAGGGAAGACCAAGUCCUAUUGGUAUACGUCUUCGUUCGGGCACUUUGCUAAAAGACUUCAUUCGAGCAGUGAAUACUACACUUCCUCCUAGUUCUUCGUCUAGUGAUUUCUCGGACUCGGACAAAGAGGAAGACAAUACAAUGGGAGGUCGACCACCUGUUCUGAGAACACUAAAGGAUCUCACUUCUCCAAACCUUGAUCAUCAACCUUUAUGUAUUCAGCUGAACGGAACCAUUGAGUUGAAGCCGCAAUUGAUUCACCUGCUGCCCAAAUUCAGAGGUUUAGCGGGAGAAGAUCCUAAUCGUCACUUGAAACAAUUUCAUCAUGUUGUGACUAGUUUGAAGCAAGCAACUGCAGAUGCGGAUAUGGCUAUGAUGACAACGUUUCCUUUCUCCCUUAUAGAUGCUGCAGGAGAAUGGUUCUUUUGCUCACCUCCUGGGAGUAUAACCACAUGGAACGGGAUGAAAAAGUUGUUCCUUGAUAAGUAUUUUCCGGCAUCAAAAGCAGGAGUGAUUCGCAAGGAGAUUUGUGGUAUUAGGCAAGUAACCAGAGAGACUCUCUAUGAGUAUUGGGAGCGUGGUGGUGCACUCACCAACAAGACCAUUGCUGAAGCUACAAGCUUGUUAGAGAACAUGGCUGCAAACACGCAAAAAUUCUUCAAUAGAGAUGAACCAAUGGUAAGGAAGGUGAAUGAAGUUGGAAAUUCUUCACACUUGGAACAUAGAAUGGGUAACAUGGAGAAGAUGAUGCAACAAAUAGCAGCUGCCGUCAUACCAUCAUCACACACCGAAGAUGUUGAGCAAGCAAGUGCAAUCUACGCCGGUAAGCAAGCUGCAGUCUCUAAUCCUCCUUUCAAUCAACAAGGUGGGUACCAAUUCUUGCAAAGGCCGCAACAAGAACCUCAAGGCAUGAGUAUAGAUGACAAGUUGAAUCUUAUUCUCAAUACGAUGGCGCAAGAUAAGAAAAAGUCAGAGAUGGAUAUGAAGGACAUACGAACACAAAUGGGUCAAUUAGCUACUACCGUGAGAAAAUUGGAAGCACAAGCAGCUGGAAAACUUCCUUCACAACCAUUAAAUCAUUAG